AUGUCCAUGUACCUCCGCCGUCCCCUGUGGGCAUGCCUGCAACUCGUCCCCAGGGCGGCACCUGUCGCCGCUCGGUUACCUAGCGUCCGAUGCGCCUCCCUGACUUCUGCCAUAGACAGAGGCAUUCGCAAGUCUCGAGCCGCUGAAGCAGCUGCAGAAGCGAGGAAUAACAAAAAUGAACCUCGAAACACCAAUGGCAGCCGUGAUACCGAACUCGACGAUGGUUGGGACCCGGAGCUUGAUUUCGACGAAGAUGAAUUCAUGAAGACGGGCACUUUCCGCGGGCUUCCUCGCAAAUACCAAAAGGACCAGAACUCUGCAAAUGGCAAUUCCAAAAGCCAGAAGGAGCUUGCAGAUGGCAAGAAUUCUGAUGACGAGCCUCGGAACCCCCACAUGAGAAAGAAGAAGAGAGGCAAAGACCAUGUAUACAGCGAUACAGUUCCAGAGCGGAUCAAGGCGCAUGUGAAAGUCCCAGAUUCGAUUCCCUAUACCACCCCAGCGUCGGAGUUUAUCUACGGUACUUCAGCCGUCCACGCUGCCCUUCGCUGCACCCGCCGCAAGCUGUACAAACUCUACCUAUAUCAAGCGCAAGGAGAGGAGCUCAGCCCCGAAAAAGUGUCAAUCCGGAAACUGGCGCUCUCGAAGAGUGUUCGGGUGAAAAUGGCGUUCGCAGACUGGAGCAGUCUUAUGGACAAGAUGAGUGCCGGACGGCCCCAUAAUGGGUGCAUCCUGGAGGCAUCGCCUCUUCCCAAACUGCCGGUAACUAGCCUGGAACCAGUCGAAUCGCCGUUUGACGAUCAUUUCCGGGUGACCCUGGGUCAACAGUCUGUCGAAGAGGCGGCCGUGAAUGGCACAGACAACCGGAUUCCGAUAGUCGGACGUCUCAACUCGCAAGCAUCAGCCGAGAGCGAGAGUCCCCGAUUCCCCUUUGUCAUUCUCCUCGACGGCAUCCUUGAUCCGGGUAACCUGGGCGCCAUCAUCCGCUCUGCUUACUUCCUGGGCGUGGACGCGAUCGUCUUUGCAGGACGCAACUCUGCGCCUCUGUCACCAGUCGCCAUCAAAGCUUCCGCUGGCGCUGCUGAGAACAUGACCCUAUUGAAAGUGACCAACGAGAUCGACUUCAUCCGUCGGUCACGCGCCAAUGGCUGGCGCUUCUAUGCCGCGGAAGCACCAGGACAUAUCGACCAGAUCGCCGCGAGUAACGGGAUCAGCGACAGCAGCAGCGGCGGCAGCAGCAUCCUGCUGGACGCUCCCACCGUCCUCAUGCUUGGCAGCGAAGGGACAGGCCUGAUGCCGCGUCUCAAGGCGCACGCGGACGGAUUCGUCUCAGUCCCAGGGGCGCGCAUCCGGCCCGAAUUGGGCCUGGAAGAUCCAGCGCGGGUUGAUAGCCUGAACGUGAGUGUCGCGGCGGCGCUGCUGAUGGAGAUGUUCAUGCGCAUGCCACUCCGCCUCUUGAACCUCUCUCCGCCACCGAAUGCAGCCCCUGAGACUCCAGGAGAUGAGAAUACCGGCCAAGAGGCACCAAGGACCUUCGAGUUCAAUUGA